GAACUCGAAUAGCCGUUGCUCGCUUUAAUGCGUUUUCGCAUUUAUACUUGUAAAUAAACAAAUAGCAAUGCCUAAUAAUUUUAACAAUUCAAGAAAAUACAGUGACAACCAAGAAAAGUCAUCGGUAACAGAAACGUGUGACGAUGCAAUAGAUUUAGAUGACGUGCUCCCAAAGAUUGGUGAAUUUGGAAUAUAUCAAAAGUUUCUGUUGUGGUUCGUGUGCUUGCCUGCUUGUCUACCGUGUGGAUUCUGUGCAUUUAAUCAACUUUUUAUGACCGACACACCUGAUCACUGGUGCAAAGUUCCUGAAUUGCAAAAUAUGACACAAAUAAAUCGUAAAAUUUUGUCAAUUCCUCGUAAGGAAGACAAUAACGCCACUUUCGAAAGAUGUUUACGAUAUUCUGUUAAUUGGACAGAAUUAUUAAAAACUAGUAAAAAACCGAUAGAAGUAAAUGAAAGUUGGCCAGUGGAACCAUGCUAUGAUGGAUAUGAAUAUGAUAAAACUGAAGUGAAAUCCUCUAUUGUGAUUGAUUUCAAUUUAGUUUGCGAGUACGAUGUGUAUCCUACCCUUGGAUUAGUGGCUUUAAACGUCGGAGGACCUAUAGGUGUAUAUUCGUUCGGCUUAUUAAAUGACCGUAUAGGCCGGAAAAAAUCGUUUUUCGCCUGCUUGUCGACACUCUUACUUGGUAGUAUGAUGACGGCAUAUGCCCAUGAAUAUUGGUUUUGGGUUGUAGCAAGAGUUAUAGUCGGUUUAACUAUUCCCGCUGUUUAUCAAAUACCAUUCAUCAUAUCCUUAGAGCUAGCAGGACCUAAUUACAGAUCUUUUGUUACCGUUAUGACGUGUAUAUUUUAUACUUUGGGCUUAAUUUUAUUAUCGGGAGUAACAUACAUAUUACGAGAUUGGAGAUCGCUAGCACUAGCUACGUCCGUACCUUUCUUUUUUUAUUACCUUUACUGGUUUAUUUUACCGGAAUCUCCAAGAUGGUUACUAAUGAGGGGGAGAUUGGAAGAAGCUAAUAAUAUUUUGAAAACAAUAGCUAGAAUUAAUGGAAAAGAAUUACCAGAGGAAUAUACUACUAAGCUUCAAAAACAAGUCCUUGAACAAAAAGAACAUGGAAAGAAAGCAAAAAAAUCGGCUAGUGUAUUUGCUUUAUGCAGAACUCCGAAUAUGAGACUAAAAACUUUUUUAAUAACUUUGAACUGGUGUGCAUCGGAAAUGGUUUACGUAGGCCUUAGUUACUACGGGCCUGCUAUUGGAAGCAAUCAAUACAUGAGUUUCUUCCUCUCAUCAGCCGUAGAAAUACCUAGCUAUAUUGUGUGCUGGAUUUUAAUGGAUCGAGUUGGACGUCGAUGGCCACUUUGUUUAUCCAUGGUCAUUAGUGGAAUUUUCUGCAUCGUGACAGUUCUUUUACCAGAAGAUGCCGAAACCGAGACUUUGAUUUUGUUUUUAAUAUCUAAAUGUUUUAUAUCAGCAUCUUUUUUGAUCAUUUACCCGUAUGCGGGUGAAUUGUAUCCCACAGAACUAAGAGGAGUUGGAAUCGGUGCAUCUGCUUAUAUUGGCGGACUGGGAUUAAUAAUAAUUCCAUUCAUUAACUAUUUAGGGACCAGUAAUCUAGUAUUACCACUGGUGCUUAUGGGUGCAGUGUCGGUUGUCGGAGGGGUAACAGCUCUACGCCUACCAGAAACAUUGCACUGUCCUUUGCCACAAACUGCUGAAGAAGGAGAAGAAUUUGGAAAAGACUGGACUUACAAGGAUUGUUUCACUUGUGGCGGCCAAAGAAUCAGUGUACCGGAAUCGGAUUCUUACGAAAACUUAGACCAAUUAGAAUUAACUCAGGCUCCGUCCGUUGAAGAUAUACUCACGGAUAUGCAACCUGUGCGUCGAAACUCAAUGCGAAAAUUGGUUCGCCAAGCCAGUACGCUGGAAACGCAACGGGAUAUAGACGGGAACUUAAAAAUGACCUAUUGGUUUUAAACUUAUCAAAUGUAAUAUUACAAUGUUUUACUUUAUAACUAAUAAUAAUUUAAUUAAGCGGUCAUAAGCAUACUGAGCCAGAUGGUUCGUAAAGACACCGAAAUCACUCUUAAAAUCACUUUCUAAAACACGAUACCUAAAAAUUGUAUGUUUAAGUAAUUGAUAUAUUUUUAUGUAAUAAACUUUAUCAAGAGCGUGUCUACACACAAUAUUAUUUUAUAGUAAGAUUAGUCGUGAUGCAUUAAUAUAUAAACAUAUACAGAAGAAAAUAUUAAUAUCUUGAAAUCACUAUCCCCAGGCGAUGUGAAAACAAUAAAUCUCAAAUUUAAAAUUAAACGGUUUCCAUGAAAUAGUCCAACAUUAUAUAACAGCUGCGGUUCAAGUUAUAUAUAUUAAUUGACGAAUCCUACAAAAUACAAAAGUAUUAACCAAGAUUUAAGAAAGGCCAUAGAAAUCGCUUCGACCAGAAUCGAAUACGAAUGUCUAAGCCAGAGGUAUUUAAGAAUCAUUUAUGUCGUCGUUUAGUCGAUUAUAAAAAGUAUUAAUAUUAUCUUUAUAUUUCUAUUAUACGUGUAUAAGCCUAUAUCUGUCGACGUUGAUGGUCUACAUUUAAUACCAGCAAAAAAGAUAUUUCGAAAAUAAAACAAUUUGUAUUGGAUGUCAU